AUGUUUCAGAAGAUGCUCAAUUAAUAAUUGAAGAAAUAAUCUGAUGAAUAAAAUAGAAGAGUAGUUACGGAAGUCGAAGAAAUGGAUAAGGAGAUCAAAACACUAUAAGACAUUUCAAACCUUAAAGCUCGUUUAAAAAUGAAUCAAAUGGCCAAAUAGACUUUUAAGAAAAAUAAGGAUGAACCUACAACAUCUAUUUAUGUAGGAAAGCUUGAUAAUCCGCUGAAAUCAUUCCAAUAAUAGACAAUUAAAAAAUAAUCUCGAAAACCUCUUUCAAUUGAAAAGAAUAGCACUAAGUCCGUGUUAAUGCCAGCAUCAACUGAGAGAUUUGAUUAUAGCAAUUUUACUUAUACAAAUCUAAAAGUUGUAGGCAGUGGAUCUUUCGGAGUAGUUUACAAAGCUAAAGUGAAUGAGACUGGAGAAAUAGUUGCUAUCAAAAAGGUGUUGCAAGAUAGGAGAUAUAAAAAUAGAGAACUAUAAAUACUACAAGAAUUAGAUCAUUAAAAUGUGUUGAAGAUGAAACAUGCCUUCUACACACCAGCAGAGAGCAAAGAUGAAAGUUAUUUAAAUGUAGUAAUGGAGUACUUCUAAGACACUCUAUAUUCCUACAAUAAAUCAUUUAUUAAGGAUUUUAAGAAGAUGCCUGAUCUUUUAGUUAAGAUUUUUAGUUAUCAAUUAUUGAGAUCUAUCGCUUACAUUUCUAUCUUAGGAAUAUGUCAUAGAGAUAUCAAACCUCACAAUGUUUUAGUUAAUCCAGAAACCAAUAAGUUGUAGUUAUGCGAUUUUGGAAGUGCCAAGAGACUAAUUGCAGGGGAACCAAAUAUUGCUUAUAUAUGUUCAAGAUGCUACAGAGCCCCUGAACUCAUAUUUGGAGCAACUGAUUAUAACACAUAAAUAGAUGUUUGGUCUGUAGGCUGUGUCAUAGCUGAAUUAAUCAAUGGGGAACCACUAUUCUUAGGAGAUUCGGCUGUUGAUUAAAUGGUUGAAAUUGUAAAAGUGCUUGGAACUCCUUCUAGGGAUUAAAUUUUAAGCAUGAAUAAAAACUACGAUAUGUAAUAAUAUCAAUUUGCUACUAUAAAAUAAAGAGAUUGGAGAAGAGUAUUGAAAACUAAAGAUCCCAAGGCCAUAGAUUUAGUUUCAAAACUUUUGACUUAUUGUCCAAAAACUCGAUUGACUCCUCUCCAAUCUCUGACUCAUCCUUAUUUUGAUGAGUUGAGAGAAUAAAGUUCAUUUAAAUCAAUUUAAAGCACAAUAAAACUAAGUGCUUCCGAUCUCUUUGAAUUUUCAAAUGAAGAAAUGUCUAAAAUGACUUAGUAAUAAAUGAUUACAUUAAUACCAGAUUGGUAUGCUAACACUUCGAAACCUUUAAAAACAAUUUGCUGA